AUUUUCCGUCCUCCCCUCACGGCUGCCCAACAGCGUCACUUGCCACCACCGCCGCUUCUCGGAGGGCGUUAGGACGAUGGCGUGACGUCGGCUCUGUGCACCCUCUGGUUAACCUUGGUUAGCCGUAAUAACAGAGAAAAUUACGAAAAUAUCCACAUCAUCCCCUCCCAACUCUUUACCAGACAGAGAGAGAAUCCUUCCUUCUUUCCUUUCGUCAUCCCUGCCCUCGUCUUUUCUGUUUUAUGUUUCUCCUGGGAAUUGCCUCUCUUUUGCACCAAGAACUACCAUAGAGGAGUAAGGUGGGAACUGACGCAUCCGCUGCGAUUUUCUCUCUCAUUCGGCACUCAGAUCUUCUUCUGCUUCCGCUUCUCUUUCUAUGCUGAAGAAGCCACCGAAAGAAGGGAUAGAUUACGAGUUAUGAUGCUUGUACAGAGGUUUGUUUUGAUGCUUCUUAUUGCUAUCUUCAGACAUGGCUCUUGUUGUUGCAAGCGACAAUGGAAGUAAUGAGAGUGAUUGUCCUAUAAAAGAUGUCAUUGAUCUGGAGGACAGUAGUUUGAUACCAAAAGUUGGUAUGGAGUUUGAUGAUGAUGUUCAUGCAUAUGAGUUUUACAAUAUGUAUGCUCACAGACAAGGUUUCAGUGUCCGGAUUCGUUCAUGGGAUAAGAACAGCAAAGGGCAGAUCACACGUAAGACGUUCGUAUGUAACAGGGAAGGAUAUACCUUGAGAAAAGGGGGUUCUGCUAGAGUUAGAACUGAUGCUAGAUGUGGUUGCCUUGCACGAAUGAUUGUAAAGAAAGGCGCAAAUGGCAAGUUGUAUAUUGCACAAUUUGAACCUACACACAACCAUCAAGUUGUUAGUUCUAACAAGGUGAACAUGUUGUGGUCACAUCGACGAAAAAUGCUUUCAGCAUAUGCAGAUUUGGCAGAGAAGUCUGGUGUAGGUGUCAAAGAUGCAUGUACACAUUCGGGAAAACAAAAUGGUGAUAGUAAGGAAUCAGCACAGUUACCACUGGAGUACAGGAACUAUUUGAGGAGAAAACGUUCCAUAACUCCAAAAUAUGGUGAUGUGGGGGCUCUUUUGCAAUAUCUACAAGAUAAAUCUGCAAAUGACCCUGCAUUUUUUAGUGCAAUACAACUUGAUAAAGAUGAGCUCAUAACAAACAUUUUUUGGGCAGAUGCACGAUCAAGGGCAGAUUAUGAUUGUUUUGGGGAUGUUGUUUGCUUCGACACCUCUUUGAGAGCUAAUAAACACGGCUGGCCUAUUGCACUAUUUACUGGGGUAAAUCAUCAUAAACAAAGUAUUAUUUUUGGCACCACCUUGUUGUAUGAUCAGUCUGUUGCAUCGUUUGAGUGGUUGUUUAAGACUUUUGAAGGAGCCAUGAAAGGAAAACAACCUUGCGUAAUAUUAACUGAUCAAGAUCAAGCAAUAACAAAUGUUAUACUCAAGGUAUGGCCUAAUACAUCCCAUCGGUUGUGUGUAUUGCAUAUCUUUCAGAGUGGUACAAGGCACUUGGGCCCUGUUUUUAAUAGCGGGAAUGACCUCAGGAAUGACUUCAGCAAUUGCUUGUUUCAUUGUGAUGAUCAUGAUGGGUUCAUGUCUGCAUGGCAAAACAUGCUAAAGAAGCACAAAAUUGUGGACAAUGAAUGGUUAGGUAACUUGUUCAAGGAAAAAGAAAAAUGGGCAUUAGCUUAUGGGAGGGACACAUUUUGUGCUGAUAUGAAUGCCACUGAAUUAAAUGAAAGCAUAAAUAAUCUUUUAAAAAGGUACUUAAACUCAAAGCUGGACAUGUUAACUUUUCUCAACAAUUAUGAAGAGCUUGUGGAUGAUCAAAGGAGAGAGGAGUUCAAAGAGGACAAUAAAGCAAGAGAAACAGCCCCAGCAAUGUUGUACACAAAUCUAUUGAGAGAAGCUGCAAAAGUUUACACACCUACAAUUUUUGAAAUGGUGAGAAAGGAGGCAUUGGGUGUUUUGGACUGUAAUGUUGACUGUUUGAGUGAAGAUGCAUACAAGUCAAAGUAUAAAGUCACAUCAAUGCAGAGUGUUAAGGACCACAUUGUUAGUUUUGACUCAUCUAAUUUCACUAUUUCCUGCAGUUGCAAAAAAUUCGAGUUCAUAGGAAUUUUAUGUUGUCAUGCUUUGAAAGUUCUUGAUCAUCUAAAAGUUAAACAAAUUCCAGAACGAUACAUAUUGAAAAGGUGGACAAAAAAUGCUAAAAGUGGUGUAACAACUCAUGUUAUGGUCCAGACUGAUGAUGAUAAGUUACAUUUAGCAGUGCGUUUUAACAUUGUACAUGAUGUUUUGACUAAGCUUGCAACAAGGGCCUUGAAAAACAAAGAGGCAUGCAAGUACCUUGAAGAUCAGGCCAUGAUUAUCAUAGACGGAGUAGAAAGCAUGUUGAAAAAGAAUAUGGAAGAAGAUACAUCUUAGCAAUCUCAUUCAGUCAAUUGAAUGUGUGAGUAUGAAUCUUCUGAUUGUCCUCUUCAGCAAUCAAACGUGAUUCUUAUCACACACAUAACUUCCAAACAAGUAAACAAGUAUGAUAAGAGAUUUAGAAACAAGUGGCAGGAGGGGAAGACUCAUGAUCUUAUCUCUUGUUGGGCAAGAUAUGAUUGAGAAAAGAAAAAUGAAGAAGAUUGAGAAGAUGUAAUGUCUGUUAGAGGACAACGUAUCACAAGUCCUCAUGAGAAGGACAUACAUGAAGAGCCAGAUGGUUAUAUGUAUUUGCACCAAGAAAUCCUCCUUUUGGAGAUUUUAUUGUGUGCACAUUGAAAUGCAGUUGCAGCAGGCCUAGAAAUUAUCAUUUAUCUGCUUUCGCAAGGGCCAUGAUGAGUGAAGACACCCUUUGCUGAGGUUAGUAAUUUGCAACUGAUGAUGCCUAAUUGAGACACCAUUUCUUCUGGCACUUCAUGCACAUUGGAGAUCUCUUCUUUUAGGUAUAGCCUCAUUGAAACAGGCUCAGCAUGGCCUUCUGGGGAUGCUUUCAGAAUAGUCUAUUCCUAGUUCUGGUGCUUGUUUGGAAUUUUGAUUGUCACCUUAAUGCAUGACUGGCUAUUCUUUAGUGCACACCUGAGUUUUGUCUUGGUGUUUCUGCUGAUAUCGAAGGUGACAUUGCUUGAGAGUUGAGACAGCUGCUGCCUCUGUGGAUAAUAGUUCUUGAAUUGGUGUUGCCAUCAUAUUACAUGAUUAAUUGAGACGGCUGUUUCUUUUCCUGCACUGGGCUUCUCCACAUUGAUGAUGCAGCAUUUCAAGAUUGCAGUACUCGAACUUCACAUCCUAUGACACACAUGCUGCAGUUGAAGAGGCGUUGAAUCUCCACUUGUUAGUUGUUUUCAUCUUCAUGCUCGUAAUAUUGUUCUUCUUUCUGACAUUUUGUGGGUGCUUCUGGAUCAACAAAGGAUCAGUUUUUUUGUGGUAGUAGGACUUUUGCUGUCAAACAUGAUGGGUGAACUCUCAGGAUGCAAUGAUGCUUGUUUCACCCUUAGCUUUCCUUGACAUGCAGAAUCACAAUUCUUGCCAAUUAUUUGUCUAUAACCAUUCUCCUUCAUGCAAGACCACGGCGAGUGAAAACAGGGUUCUUAUAUUGGCUAGGUGUUCUGGUUGGUUCAAGACCUGAUAGCACUUCGAGUAAAGUCACCAAAAAAGAUGUGGACCUGUUGCAACUUGAUCGGAUGGAAAGAUUUGAAAAGCAGUGCCAUCAGAUUCUCUUUGCUGUUUGCGCCCCACUGUUAUGGCAGGUGCAUGAGGAGAACCGGAUUUGGAUUUUAAUUUUGUAGAUAUACUGGUCUGGUGGAACGGAGAUGAUUAUGUAUCCUAAAGAUACGUAGCCAAAACUUAAUUUGAAUUAUGUAUAAUAUAACAUAUGCGCUAUGUUGUCUCAGUAUGUGAAAGUCCAAAAGGACAAUCAGAGGUGAUCUAACUUCUAAGUAUGUUGGAUAUUGGUAUCCCGAUUAUUUGAUUUUGCUUCUGUAGCAUAAAGUAA